UUUUAUUGUACCACACAAAUACCAUAAGUACUUUUUGUAAGGGUGUGAAACCAGGCCUUAGUGUUUUAGAUUAGUUUUACGAGUUACGCUUUCAAAAAUGUAUAUAAUAACCAUAUGGAGUAAAAAAUGUAUUAUCACCAGAAUAUUUAGUCAUUUGUUUCAGGCAACAAUUGUGUUAAAAACGAUAUGCUAAUACCAAGUUACCGCAGUUUCCUGUCUAAAAACUACACACAUCCGGAACUUCAGCCCGAGCUCUGUGUGCAGUGUGGUCCUCCGGGCGCAUAGGAGGCGCUGUGGCCCCCCACGUACCGCGCUCACCGUCACUAAUCCCGGGAAACGUUUUCUGGAGGCGCAAGACAACCGGUAAAAAUGCCCAUGAUCGAAUACGACGACUCAAAACCCAGCUGGGCCGAUCAAGUGGAGGAGGAAGGAGAUGAAGGUCCACUCCCUUCACCUAAAGAGACUGUUAAAGGUAACAUUAAGACCAUCACAGAAUACAAGAUUGAUGACGAUGGCAAGAAACUAAAGAUUAUCAGAACCUUUAAAAUUGAGACGCGCAAGGCCUCCAAAGCAGUUGCCAGGAGGAAGAAUUGGAAGAAAUUUGGCAAUGCUGAAUUCGACCAACCAGGGCCUAAUGUUGCCACCACUACAGUGAGCGAUGAUGUCUUCAUGACUUUCAUCUCUAACAAAGAGGACUUGAAUGCUCAAGACCAGGAUGAGGAUCCCAUGAACAAGCUGAAAGGACAGAAGAUCGUGUCCUGCCGUAUCUGUAAGGGCGAUCACUGGACCACCCGCUGUCCGUACAAGGAUACGCUUGGACCUAUGCAGAAGGAACUAGCCGAGCAGUUGGGCUUGUCCACAGGAGACAAAGACAAAGCAGCAGAGCCUGAGCCUGCUCAACCCGUCCAGAGCAAGACCGGGAAGUAUGUUCCCCCUAGCCUGCGGGACGGAAGCACACGCAGAGGAGAGUCUAUGCAACCUAACCGCAGAGCUGAUGAUAAUGCUACAAUCCGUGUGACCAACCUGUCCGAGGACACCAGGGAAACAGAUCUGCAGGAACUUUUCAGACCUUUCGGUUCCAUCUCUAGGAUCUAUCUGGCUAAAGACAAGAACACAGGCCAGUCUAAGGGCUUCGCUUUCAUCAGUUUCCACCGGCGUGAGGAUGCCGCAAGAGCCAUCGCUGGUGUGUCCGGCUUUGGCUACGAUCAUCUCAUUCUCAAUGUGGAAUGGGCCAAGCCUUCAAACAACUAAGAAUUCAACAUAUUCCAGGAGAUCUGAAAGUGUUCUCCCAGUUCUAUAAGGCAGUGAUCCAAAUAAAUGCACAAUGUUAAAAAAAUGAA